AUGACGAUCUACAUCUACCUCGUCCGCCACGCCCAGGGGCAGCAUAACGUCGCCGCUGACCACACCUUGCGUGACCCCGACCUUACAGCUCUUGGCAUCGAACAGAGUACCCAGCUUGCGAUAUCAUUCCCCUACCAUGACCGCAUCACACACCUAAUUUCAUCCCCCAUGCGCCGUACUUUGAGGACCUGCUUUUAUGGCUUCAAAAACCGGGGGAAGGGUGACGAUAACGGGACGAGAAAACCAAUUCUCGCGUUGCCCGAGCUCCAGGAGCUCUCCACUAUGCCCUGUGAUGUCGGCAGUUCCGUGGCGAAGUUAGACGCCGAGUUCAACACGUCCGAAGAAAAGGUCGUCGACCUCUCUGAGCUACCGGAUGGCUGGCAGCUGUUCAAGCUAGAUAGUAACAGCCUCUUUGCGCCGAAUAUGGAUCGGCUGGAGAAGCGCGCAUGGCAGGCACGCCGCCGGCUGCGUGAAAUCGGACAGAAGUAUGAGCGUGAUCAUCCCGGGCAGGAUGCACACAUCGUGGUUGUGUCCCAUGGGGCGUUCAUACACUUCCUGACGGGAGACUGGGAGGGGAUGACUAAGGAAGGGCAGGCGGGCACGGAUUGGAGGAAUGCCGAGUGGAGGGUUUUUGAGUUUGUAGAAGGGGAUGAAGAUGAAGUCAGGCUGAGGGAGACCGAGGAGAGCUGGAGACGGAGGAAGGGGGAUACUCCGAGGCUUACGGAGACGCAACAAAGGGAGCUGAAAACGAACGUUGAGAAGGUGCUUGAAGAGGACAAGAAGGAAUGGAAGAAAGUUACGGUAUGUUUCCAGGAGUAA